AAACGUACAGUGUACGAAGUGUGACGUGAGACUACACUUCCCGAUUAGCUUCGGAACUCGUGCCGGAGUGAGAGUGUUGUCUGUCUCACAGGAUCUUUGUUCGGAGCAGAAUGGCAGGUAGCUUGUGGAGGUCAACGCUGUCCCAGGUCGUAGGAUGGGUGAGGAGGAGCUCCAUUCAGUCUUCAGUUUCCAGAAGAGGGAUGCAGACGGUCACUCUGAUUCCUGGAGAUGGUAUCGGACCUGAAAUCUCGGCCGCUGUCAUCAAGAUUUUUGAGGCUGCGAAGGUUCCAGUCAAAUGGGAGGAAAGGAACGUGACGGCCAUUAAAGGACCAGGAGGCCGGUGGAUGAUUCCUCCUGAUGCCAAAGAGUCGAUGGACAGAAGUAAAAUUGGACUCAAGGGACCUCUGAAGACACCCAUUGCGGCAGGUCACCCCUCCAUGAACCUGCUCCUCAGAAAGACCUUUGACCUCUAUGCCAAUGUGCGACCCUGUAUCUCCAUCGAGGGCUACAAGACGCCGUACACCGAUGUUGACCUGGUCACCAUCCGUGAAAACACAGAGGGCGAGUACAGCGGCAUCGAACACGUGAUUGUGGAUGGUGUCGUUCAGAGCAUUAAGCUGAUCACUGAGAAGGCCAGCAAACGCAUCGCAGAGUACGCCUUUGAAUACGCUCGCAACAACCAGAGAAACAGCGUGACAGCCGUACAUAAGGCUAACAUCAUGAGAAUGUCUGACGGCCUGUUCCUGAGGAAAUGUCGAGAGGUGGCCGAAAACUUCAAAGACAUCAAGUUCACGGAGAUGUACCUGGACACCGUGUGUCUCAAUAUGGUUCAGGAUCCGACCCAGUUUGAUGUCCUGGUCAUGCCCAACCUGUACGGAGACAUUCUUAGUGACUUGUGCGCCGGACUCAUCGGAGGACUCGGAGUCACUCCCAGCGGGAACAUUGGAGCAAAUGGAGUGGCCAUAUUUGAGUCGGUCCAUGGUACUGCCCCUGACAUUGCAGGCCUGGACCUGGCCAAUCCCACGGCUCUGCUGCUGAGUGCCGUCAUGAUGCUACGCCACAUGGGUCUGCACCCCCAUGCAGACAAGAUCCAGACGGCGUGUUUCGACACCAUCAGAGACAAGAAGUUUCUGACCAAGGACCUCGGUGGAAACGCCAAGUGUUCAGAGUUUACCUCAGAGAUCUGUCGCCGUGUUCAGGACCUGGACGGAGGCCACUAGAAGGCGCUGUGCAGUGUCACUGUUAGUCUAUGAUGUCACAAGAUGAUGUAUUUCAGGAGGCGGGACUUCUGCAGCUGUAUUAACUGUGUCUAAAAGUAAACGCACAACUUUGAUCUGUUUGACCAAACACAAGUGAAUCAUCUGCAAAAAAUCAUAAAUAGAUAAAUAUAUUAUUACAGUUCUUAUGUCGUAGUUGUGAUAAUCUGUCUACAAGAUCAGUGACGGUUUAUUUUUACAAGUUUGACAGUAAAAUAUUUAUUGUUUGUUACUGAAUGUACAGUACACCGUGGGUUGGUUUACCAGCUUUUCUAUAAAACACACAGCUUCUAUUUCUAUCAUCACUGUGCACGCAAUAAAGAAAGUGCUGAGUUUGUAUCAAAA